UCGUCCAAACCCUAACAAUUUUCACAUAUCCUUAACAAAAAAAAAAUUAAAAAAUUUGCGCCAUUAGUUCUGUUUCGUCAAGAAUCUUAUGGGUUUCAAUUGAUUCAUUGUCUGAAGUUUCAAUUUGUGGUUUUUUGUUCAAACCGCCGCAAAUUAGAAUCCUCGAAGUGGGGUUAGUAGAUUUUUUCACCAUUUCUUUAAUUCAAUAGCCAGUGUUGAAGGUUGACGCCAUUUACAAAGCCGAAUUGGAAGUUUUUUCUUCAGUUGUUAGUACAUUCAUGGACAUUCAAUCUUUAGCAGACGAUAGAUCUGAAUCAAAGGAUUUGGCAGCAAUGAAAAGGGGCACUAUGGAGGAUGAAGAAACAUCUCGAACUUCUCACAAAAGACUGAAAUCGUAUGAUCUUCAAUCCGUUUGUCCCGUUAAAGAAUCAGCCAAGGAAGCCAAUAACCGAGGGCUCGAUUUAGAUUUAAACGCGGAACAGGAAAUGUCUAGUUCAAUCAACAACGACCCCUUGUACCCUGUCAAGAAUUACACAAAUUUGAAGUUGGCCGAUGAUUCCGAAUGUGGGAGCUCUGUGGGCCCGCUCGACUCAUAAAACCCAAUGAGAGUUUGGAAAGGGUUGAAACAGAACAAUUUCAUGUCGACUAAUUACGGAGCUUUGCCGAAGCCAAUGCCAGUGCCAAAGACACGCGGCAGAAAGAGAAUUAACAGUGAUGCAGCUGUAAUGAAGAAGAAAAUCGAACAAGCGAAGAAAGAACAAGUCGAUCGGUUUGCAAAAGUUGCUGCUCCUAUUGGUUUGCUCAAUGGCCUAAAUCCCGGAAUUAUUAACCAUGUUAGGAACAGUAAGCAGGUUCACUCGAUUAUAGAGGCUUUAGUUAGGUCUGAAAAAACAGAAAAUCGGGGUUCGGGCAAAGGAGAUAUUUUGCUUGAAAGAAGGCAGAUGAGGGAAUAUUCUUUAUUUUCGAAAUCGAGCUAUGGUGAUUCUUAUAUGGGAAACGAGGACGAUGGGCUUGGUUUAAAGCUGUCAUCUUCUGUAACUGUUGCAUCGGAGAAUAACACUAGCUGUUUGUCGAACGAGGAAUCGGGUAAUAUUAACAGUGUCACUUCACUUUCUGUCAGAGCCGCUAAUGUUGCUUCACAGUGGUUGGAUCUUCUGAAUCAAGAUAUCAAAGGACGACUUGCGGCAUUACGUCGAAGUAAGAAAAGAGUGCAGGCGGUUAUUACCAUGGAAUUACCACUUUUAAUAUCAAGAGAAUUCUCGUCCAAUCACGACAAAGAAACCGCAGAUGUGCAUGCGGUUAGAUGGAGUAAUAUAUUCGGACAGAUGGAUCAAUCACUUUCCGAAGAAGAGAGUCAUUUGGAGAAUUGGUUGAACCAAGUGAAGGAAAUGCAGUUGCAUUGUGAAAGAGGUCUUUAUUCACAGGAUAUGGAUCCAAUUGGACACUCAAUCAAAAAUAGAUUAGGAGAAGGCCAUCAUAACUCAGGGAAGGGAUUAGCAGUUAAAGCAGCAGCUGCUUCAAUAUAUUCAACUUGCAACUUCUUCUUGACUGCCGAAAACCUACCUUGUCGCUAAUUAUCUCGACAAUGAUUGGAGCGAGAAAACACUCGACGUAAUCUUGGUGAAGUUCUUGUUAGCAUUGGCAAUGGCAUUAGCAUACAUCAAUUAGUGUUUUUUUUUAAUGACUAUAGACAAACUUUUCUGACAUUUUCUUUUUAUUUUCUUACUACUUACAGUAGUUACUUACUACAUGUGGUGUUGUUAAAUUUGUUAACAUGUAACUUUAGAUGCUGAGUUCAAUGGGGGGUUUUAACCGAAUCUCUGUUUAUGCAGCUAAUAAAAUAAAUAGCUGGUUUUCUACUUUUCAA